GUCUUUGGGUAGAAAAUGCCAUAAGUGAUAAUAUGACUUUAACAGAUUCGAUUUUGAAAGAAAUGGCUCAAAAAUUUGCAGUUCUAUUUAAUAAUUAUGAAUUUGGUGCAACUAAUGGAUGGCUAGAAGGAUUUAAAAAAAGAAAUAAUCUUAAGUCUUAUAGAAAGCGAGGAGAAGCUAAUAGUAUUGAUUUAGAUAAAUUACCUGAACAGCUUAAAGCAUGGGAUUGUGUACAAACACAAAUGAUCAUAUCAUCCUGGACACGUGCUGAUAUUCUAUCAGCUUCUACACUUUCAAUUCCUACAACAUAUGUAAUAGAUGAAAUUGAAAAGAUUAAAAGCGAAAUAGCAGAUCUUAUUCAACAUUUGCCAAUAGAUAAUCCAAUGAAUGUAGAAGAAUACAUGGAUAUCGACAAAAAUAAAGAUAUUUAUUCCUCUACUGAUGAGAAUAUUUUAUUUCAAGAAAUUACAUUAUUAGAAUGUGAUAAUAUGCUUACCUACAUUGCGCAAAAGAAUUUAAAUGUUGAUUAUUCUGUUAUAAAAGUUCUUACUAAUUUGAGAAAAAAAAUAGUUCAAACUAGUAUAGAAUUAGCACGACAAACUACACUCGAAGAAUAUUUAAAAUAG